GGCACGCACCUCAAACUUAGACUCGAGGUGUCAAUGGAAGCUUUCCAGCUCAGCUGGAGAGAUCUGAUACUGAUACCUACCUAUCUAACUGUUGGAACGAUAUAAGCUGUUUGGAACAUCGCCACUCUCGCAUUUAAUCUCGUCAUGUCCUCGGUUAAGCUAUAUCCUCCAAACAACAAGCCACCAUCCUCAAGUCCUCUACCUCAACUCUUGCAAACCCCCUCAGGUCUAGCUCUCCUGGAACUCCAAGGAACCAUCAAUCUACCCCAAGACGCCAAUGGAGAUGCAUUAGGCGGCGUCCAAGUUGGAAGACUUGACUUCCCAGAUUUCGUGCCCGGUACUGAAGGCUCGGCAUGGAUGAAGCGGGUUCACCUUUAUGUUGGCCAGCAUCAACGUCUCACUGGGGAGAUCAAAAAGCUUCCAAAAGCCAUGGCCGUGGUGCGAAAGAGAGAGAAUAAGGUGAUAUCUGGCACAGGGGGGGAAACACUAGAGCAGGGCGAAAAUCUUGAGGUGGUUGAGAUUGUCAAGUACAAACUUAUGUUUCCAAACCGACCAGAGCCUGUCGGAACAGCCAAUGCGACCUGAUGACCUUUUUUUUUUUUUUUUUUUUUUUACAACUACGCGGUCAACGAAAAAGGC